AUGUUUAAUGAACAUAAAAUAAUCGUAACGGAAACUAUAUCGGAAAAAUAUGGUCAAAUUGCCGAAGUUCAAUAUGAAUAUGAUGAAAAUGAUUAUGGAAAAAAUAAAAAAUAUCAUAUCAAGUGGUCUCGACAAGAUUAUAACCGGACUGCAUCGAGAUUGUACAGACCAUCAAUGUCCUAUGAUAAGUUCAUAAAAGUAUUACGUACGUUUAUGAUGGGAAAAUAUGCCAUUGAAGAUGUUCCGGAAGCAUUUCGUCUUCUUGAUACUGAUCGUUCUAAUACGAUCGAUAUCACUAAAUUACAUGAAUUUAUAUGUAUCAUCUUGCCAAAAACAAAUCCCUAUUUACUUCUUCAUCAAAUACAAAAGGCUGAUAGAGAUGGCGAUUAUAAGCUGAAUUUCAAUGAAUUCAAAUCAUUUAUAGAACAAGGCUGCGGUCGAAAUGUAUCAAUUGGAUGUUUAUAA